AUGGCUCGGAAAGGGAGUCGUAAAGUUAGGACAGGAUGUCUUACUUGCAAAGCACGGAAAGUUAAAUGCGACGAGAACAAGCCACACUGCAAUCGUUGCAUCAAUACUGGCCGUAGGUGUGACGGCUAUGGCUCCAAACCAACCCCGGGAUUGCUGUGGCACCGCCCACGCCAACUUCUCUCGUGUGUUGAUCACGUAGGUGAAGGAAGAGCUUUACAAUACUUCUACGAGAAAACAGCCUUGUACCUAUCAGGAGCAACGGAUCCAUAUUUCUGGACUCAUCUAGUUAUGCAAUUCAGCAACUUUGAACCCGCGGUUAAGCACUCCGUUAUUGCCAUCAGCUCAUUAUACGAACAAUUCCAGGCCGAAGCUGCCGCCCAAUCAGGUGUACAACUGAGAAGUAACAGUCUUGCGCUCCAACAUUACAAUGCUGCCAUUCGCGAACUGAAGUCAACCGAUGACCAACCUUUAGUACUACUCGUUUGUAUUCUCUUCAUCUGCAUCGAGUUUUUGCAAUCCAAUAAAGAUGCUGCUAUACAACAUUGUAAACACGGAAUCGCUCUAUUGGAAAAUGUCAACUACUCUUGGGCUAGAGAGCAUUUGGUCCCAGUAUUUCGCCGUUUAAGUACAUUUCCAUUCUAUUUCGGGCAAGGAAGCAACGAUUUCCCCGAAUUAGUCUGUGUAGAUGACCCUCUGCCGAACUUUUUUCAAACUUGGGCCGAUGCACAAGCGGCAAUGGAUAUCAUAUUGAGUAGGACAUUACGAGUGGUCCGGGAAGGAGAUGGAUACCGCUUUGGGAGCUUACGAUACAAGGCAGUGCCACCCGAGCUACUAGCAGAACAGGACGAUAUUAGGUACCUCUUGGGUCAAUGGCACAUUCUAUUUAAGAGUCUAGAUGCUAGGUCCACGCUACCCAUGACCCCUGCCAUUGAGAACUACAACUUAGGGGUAAACUUCAUUGAAGUGAUGUCUCGUGCCGUUUUGUCAGCACGAUACGAGACCUGCCGAAUCUGGUUGGAAAUAGCUUUUGAGCCGGACGAGCUAUGUUUCGAUUCGCAUCUAAUCGGCUUCCGGCGGAUCCUUGAUACAUUCUUGAUGCUCGAUGCAGCCAUUCCAGAGUCGUCUCGGGUCCCUGCCGCCAAACGGGAUCCACAAUUUAUCUUCGAGACGGGAUUUUUGCCGAUACUUCAUUGCACUGCAACGAAAUGUCGCGAUUUCAGCAUGCGGCUAGAAGCCUUACGAUUGACUACAGUACUUGGUACCCCACGAGAGAAUCUAUGGGAGGCGGGUCAAAUGUUUGCGAUGGCAAAACGAGUUAUCGAAAUAGAGCACGGCGUCGUAUUGAACGAUCUCGGACAAUCCACUGGUCCUCCUUUAUAUCUAAAAUUUCCAGACGACGAGAUGAGGAUACGAUUUACUAUACCAGAAUCUAAGGUAUCAACGUUUAUUAAUGUAGACGGGAAGGAGAUGCGCGGCUGGUCUACCGGCUUCGUUAUGCGCGAUCAUCAAAACCACGUCUAUAUUCGAGAAGAAUUUAUCCCGGCUGAAUGCUCUGACAAAACCGGCUUUCCUACUUCCCCUACGUAA